AUGGUGGAAUUGGUAUCACGAACGUGUCAAUUCUGCAAACUACGCAGAGCUAAGCCUCAAAUACCACCAAUGGCACCGCUGCCAUCGGCACGUCUGGCGCACCAUGUCCGCCCCUUCAGUUACGUGGGGAUUGAUUAUUUUGGCCCAGUACUGGUAAAAGUGGGUAGAUCGAACGUAAAACGGUGGAUUGCUCUGUUCACUUGUUUAACAGUUCGAGCAGUGCAUCUGGAAGUAGCAUAUAGCUUAUCAACAGCUUCUUGCAUUUCGUGCGUUAGAAGAUUUGUCAGCCGCAGAGGGUCUCCGGUGGAAUUCUACAGUGACAACGGGACAAACUUCCAGGGUGCAGAUCGGAUUCUUCGCGAGCAAAUUAACCAAGGACUUUCGGCGACCUUUACUAACGCAGAAACUAAAUGGAACUCCAAUCCACCUGAAGCUCCACACAUGGGAGGAGCGUGGGAGCGUUUAGUUCGAUCCGUUAAAGCCGCGAUGGGGGAAGCGUAUUCGGACGGGAAGUUGGACGAUGAAGGGUUGCAAACUUUGGUCGUGGAGGCGGAGAGCUUGGUAAACUCGAGGCCUCUGACGUAUCUACCACUAGACUCUGAAGAGUCCGAAGCGCUCACUCCGAACCAUUUUUUGCUUGGUAGCUCGGGAGGAGUGAAGCAACCUGUGUCCGUUAUCGAUUCUGCCAAACCGCAAUUUUUGAAAGCUUCGUGGGAGCAGAUCCAGAAGCAGCUCACCGUCUUUUGGAAGCGCUGGCUGGACGAAUAUUUGCCGUUUAUUCGCAGACAGCCAAAAUGGUUUGACGAGAGUCGGCCAUUGAGAGAAGGGGAUUUGGUUUUGAUCGUGGAUGAAAGAAAGCGCAGUUGGUGGACACGAGGCCGAAUUGUCGAGGUGAUGCCAGACGGAGAAGGGAGGGUCCGUCAAGCGCUUGUGCAAACAACGAGCGGUUUGAUACGACGUCCGACGACGAAAUUAGCACUUUUAGACGUAGGAGAAGGUGCAGUCUUGGCCAACAGCAAGAUGCACUGGGGAGAGGAUGUUGGAGACAAAACAGUCUGA